AUGCCUCCGACGAUAUGUUUUAGCUGCAAAUCUGCCCGUGCGGUUAUUAUUCGGCCAAAAAACCGCCACAAGCUUUGCAAGGAAUGCUUUCUCGCCAUUUUCGAGACAGAAACGCAUCAAACGAUCGUAAACAGCUCCCUAUUCGUCCCAGGCGAGCGAAUUGCUAUUGGUGCCAGUGGUGGGAAAGAUAGCACAGUUCUCGCCUCCGUUCUAAAGACAUUGAACGAACGAUAUAAUUAUGGCCUUAAUCUCGUUUUACUCUCUAUUGAUGAAGGAAUCAAGGGCUACCGCGAUGACAGCCUGGAGACAGUGAAACGAAAUGCAGUUCAAUACGACAUGCCCUUGGAGAUAGUCAGCUAUGGAGAACUAUACGGCUGGACAAUGGAUCAGGUUGUUGCGGAAAUUGGGAAAAAGGGCAACUGCACCUAUUGCGGCGUAUUUCGUCGCCAAGCUCUCGACCGCGGCGCUGCAAAGCUGAAUAUCAAGCAUGUUGUCACUGGGCACAAUGCCGACGAUGUUGCUGAAACAGUCAUGAUGAAUCUACUGCGUGGUGAUCUUCCUCGCCUGGCCCGUUCGACAAGUAUCGUUACGGGUUCGGCAGCCAGCGAUAUUAAACGGAGCAAACCGUUGAAAUAUGCGUACGAAAAGGAGAUUGUUCUUUAUGCUCAUUAUAAAAAACUUGAUUACUUUAGCACUGAGUGUAUAUACUCUCCCGAAGCGUUUAGAGGAAGCGCCAGGACACUUAUCAAAGAUUUGGAGAGAAUCCGGCCAAGUGCUAUUCUUGAUAUUGUCCGGAGUGGCGAAGAUAUGGCCAAACUAGUACCAGCAGAGACAGCGACGAGGAAUGAAGUCGACGAGUUUUCGUCCGGCGGAUGCGGAAGUCAGAAUGGAAGAAGUAGUGGUGGAGAAAUGGCAGACAUGGAGAAGAAACUUACAGAAGACGAAGAUGCAAAGUCUCGCGAGACUGAAAUAUCUCUAUCAUCCCUUCCUACGAAGGCUGGAAAAACUAUCACAAAACAAACCCCUGCAGUGAGCCAGGCCCGUGACAAAAAGCAAAAGCCCUUGAAGACACAAACGAUGGGACAGUGCGAGAGAUGCGGGUACAUGUCCAGCCAAAAGAUCUGCAAAGCGUGCAUGCUUCUUGAAGGAUUGAAUAAAAACCGGCCAAAAACGAGCGUUGAGCUUGUUGUUGGUGUUGAAGAAGAAGAAGGCAGCUCGACAUUAAUGAGGCAAAUGGAAAGCAUUCAGCUGUCUGGUAGCUGA